CGCAUUUUUUCCACGAUCCUUACUAUACGGAAGCUUAUUAGUAUGCAUUCAUUGCUCAGUGUUCCUAAUUUAGUGUUGGUAAAGUGUAACAAAACCUUAAGUGACAAAGUAACUUAAAAUUAAAAACCAAUUUCCAAAGCAAAAACCUGUGAAAUAAUGAUUUGUCGUUACCGUUCUGAUUUUUCGAGUGCCUCUUGAACCCACUGGUGCAGAUUCUCAACCCGUCCGGAAUAAUCCAAUUCAUCACGCAACAGGCCGGAAAACGCGAUUUUUUGACCCGCAAUGGACUGAAAAACCGUGGUUACAGUUAAGAAUGAUGAUCAUGCUGCUGCAACUGUGCUCAUAUAUAGGUCUCUUUACCAUAAUAUUGUAUUUGCAAUAAUACCUCGCUACGCUUAAUGACUGUAUUACAAUCCCAACGGUUACUUAGCCAUUUAUCGGCGAUUUGUCAGAGAGAUAACACGUAUUACUCAACUUGAAAAUUCACCAUUAUGUUUAUUAGUGUCACAACAGCAGCAUCGUGGCGCAGUGCGAGAUGUUGAAGUGGGUGCAAAGGCAGAACUUCAAGUGUCCAGCCGAAGAUGACUUCGUCAUAAUACCGGGAUCGGAUCCCCGGGUGGCGACAUGUCGUGGAAAGCUCCAAAACCGCCGUUCCAAGCUCAACCAGGAAAUCAACAAGGAGUUGAGGCUGAGGGCGGGGGCUGAGAACCUCUUCAAGGCUACCACGAAUCGGAAACUCAAGGAAACGGUAGCCUUGGAACUCAGUUUCGUCAACUCGAAUUUGCAGUUACUCAAGGAGCAGUUAGCUGAGCUGAAUUCAUCAGUGGAGUUAUAUCAGAGUGACAGCACGGACGCCGUGAUGCCGAUGAUCCCCCUCGGACUCAAAGAAACAAAAGAGAUCGACUUCCGGGACCCCUUCAAGGACUUCAUCCUGGAGCACUACAGCGAAGACGCCAGCCAAUACGAAGAUGCCAUAGCCGACUUCAUGGACACGAGGCAGGCCAUAAGGACGCCCUUGCGCGACCUCAGCGGCAUAUCCCUCCUGUUUCGGUACUACAACCAGCUGUACUUUGUUGAAAGACGGUUUUUUCCGCCGGAUAGGUCGUUAGGGAUUUAUUUCGAGUGGUUCGAUUCGUUAACUGGUGUGCCAUCGUGUCAAAGGACUGUAGCUUUUGAGAAAGCCUGUGUUUUGUUCAAUAUGGGGGCUAUAUAUACGCAGAUAGGGGCGAAGCAGGACAGAUCCACGGCGAAGGGGUUGGAUGCUGCUGUAGAUAGUUUCUUGAGGGCUGCGGGGACCUUCAGGUACAUACACGAAAAUUUCACCAAUGCGCCAUCUAUGGACCUGAGGCCGGAGAUGCUGGAAAUGCUGGUUCAGUUAAUGUUGGCCCAGGCUCGAGAAUGCCUCCUCGAAAAACUCGACCUCCAAUCAAAAGACAACCGUUCCAUCGACAUCUGCCUGGACCUUGCCCAAGAAGCGGCCCACCUCGCGGACUGCUACCGCCAAGUCCACGAAAUAAUAUCGACCGAAGCCGUCCACGACUACGUGCCUUACAGCUGGAUAUCCCUGGUCCAAGUCAAAAAAGAAUACUACACGGGGAUGGCUCACUUCUACGUAGCCUCAGGCGUCCUCCACAAGGAAGCCUCCCAAAUGUCAGCAACCACAAAAGACACCCUCCAGUUCUUGCACGCGGAAAUCGCCUCGACGCAGCUGGACAUCAGGCUGCCCAAAGACGACGCCGAAAGGAGACUCCUAGGUAGGGCGCAUCUUCGCGAAUCCUUGGUCCUGCACGAGGAGUGCCAACGGCAACACCGGAUGUGUCGGGAGCUCCGGGGCAAGCAGGCUUUGGCGGCGGUUCUACGAACCGCGCACAAGACAGCACUACAGGCGUACGCGGACAAUGAGAACGAAGACGAUUUUAGUGAUGUCUUGGACCCAGCACAAGUGCAAGCCGCCACGAAGUUCCAGUUGGCACUAACACCUCCGGACUUUGCCCAAUACCGAGUGAACGAUUUGUUUCGGGCUCUCGGUCCCAUCGCCAUUUUUUCAGCGAAGAGGCACUGGACUGCCCCGAGAUUGGUCCAGUUGCAUCGGGGAAGAACGUCAGACGGGUUUGGGUUUUCGGUGCGAGGUGACGCUCCUGUGAUUGUGGCCAUUGUUGAAGCAAAUUCGCUUGCAGAGUUUGGUGGUGUCAAAGAGGGCGAUUUUAUCGUGGCCAUUAGCGAUAAAGAUGUUAAGUGGUCGUCCCACGAUGAAGUCGUUACUCUUAUUAAGAACGCCGGAGAUUCGUUAAGUCUAAAACUGGUCACCCCCAUGGACAGGAAUUACCUCAAGCAGCCGACGAAAUCGUCGAAGGGCUCUAUUUCCACCCAUAGUAGCAGUUCGGGGGUGUCUAGCGGUAUGUCUAGUCCUUCAGGAUCGAUGGCACAGCAUAAAAAUAGGAAAGGGUUGAACUGGAUUCCUUUCAAACGGCACUCGUCGUCGAGGGAAGGAAAAGAUUUUUUUGAGAACGUUAUCUUACGAUAGGUAGAUGUGGCUAUUUGCUGUUAACGUAGGCUGUACUUAUUGUUGUCCGAAUAGAGAUUGUGUUAGUAGACGUUGCGUCACCGUACUGAUAUGAGAUUUAUUUAUUUUUUUAUCGUAAUUAGAGAGGUAAUUAUUUUUGUAAGGUUACUUUAACCAGUCAUCAAGUGUAUCAUGUUGAAUAAUUACUUUUAGGUAAGAGUACGUCAAUUAUAGUCACACUGUACAACAAAAUUUUACUUGUAUGUAUUAUAUUAAAGAUUUAUAUUGUUAUUUUGUUUGUAUAUUAUUAUUUAUGGAUGUAUAUGAUUUAAGUAAAAAUAAAUACGAUAUUUUAGUUUA